AUGUUCGCUGAUGCAGGUUAUACGGGGAAUACUUUAGCUGAUCAACUUCAGCUAUCCAGCUAUCAAAUUCAUUUACUACAGCAAAGUUGGCAACGACUACGUUGCUCACCCAACUUUUUUAUCAAUGUUUUUCGAACUGUAAUUUCAAAAAAUACAAUAGCAAAAGAAUUAUUCCGGAAAACUUCAAUUAUUGAUGGCUUCACAUCAUAUAAAUGUUACGAUGUAAAGGAACAUGCAGAUAGCUUAAUAGAGCUUAUCGAUUUCGCACUGCGAGAAAUUCAUAGUUCAAUCAAAGUUGUACAGGACCGCUGCAUGUUAAUGGGUGCAGCGCAUUGUAAUACAUGCGAAAAUUCGAUGUCAUCAUCGUGGGAUCAAUUUGGCGAUUCGCUAGCUGAAUCAAUCGCAAAAGCUGAAGCGAUCCGCGGCAAACGUAAAUGCUUAAAAGCGUGGAAUGCCCUAUUAUCAUUUAUUGUUGAUCGUAUUAAAGGUGGUUAUUUGGCGGAAAGUAAACGUCGUGCGUCAAAAAAGAGUUCAAGACAGGAAAACGCUGGUCCAUCAUCGUUAACAGCAACAGCUUCAAUUUUAAAAUAUGACAAUGCGACAACGGAGCAAUCAACAACAUAUCAUUAA